AUGGGUUUCAAGUCAAAGGAAGCAACAUAUGAGCCACUGGUCUCGGAUGAGGCGCGGUUCUCACAGAGUUCAGAUGGCCUCGAGAGCCAAGAGGGCAAGCCCAUGUUAAGACGAAGCUUCCAGAGAACAUCCUCUCGCCUCAGCUCUUGGGCCAAAGCAGGCGGCACAGCCCUAGCAGUUCUAAACACGAUUCUUCUAAUAAGCAUUAUUGUCGUACUAUCGCUUUCACCACACGAAAAGGAAUGCUCGGAAGUCCAGUGCGCUGCUAAGACCUCAUACUAUUCUCCGCUCCUGGAAGAAGACUCCGGUGCUAUCGAAUAUGAAACUCGCAGGUUCCAAGGCGCUCUUGAACACCACAGCAUCUAUAAGGGGGCACCUAACAAGGAGCUUGAUGCAGCAUGGGAAGAGCUCACGCACAUGAAUAAUUCCGGCGUAAGUGGUGAAGUCAUAGACCGCAUUGGAAAGUCGCGUGUUGCCGUAAAAUACCCCGAGUCUCAGGGCGGGCAAUAUGAUGUCGGCAUUGAGGUUUUCCACCAUAUGCACUGUCUGAACAUCAUUCGCCAGUAUACUUAUAAAGAAUACUAUUUCCGCGCUGAGAACCGGCCGCUAAGUUUUACUGAUUCCGAACCUAUCAUCCGCGCUCAUCUUGACCACUGCAUUGAGAUGCUGCGCGAAGCUCUGCUGUGCCACGGCGAUGUUGGUAUCAUUACCUACAACUGGGUUCAUCCAUGGGGAAUCUACCCCGACUUCAGCACGCAGCACAAGUGCCGCAGACUCGACAAGAUUGUUGCUUGGGCUGACAAGCAUGCAUUGCCGGCAGAGGACCCCGAGCCUGAUGAGAAUACAGUAUGGCUCAAAGGGCCGCCGCAGUAA